UAACUACUCACCAGAUGGCGCAGUGUACUCGUGAUGUUGUUACAUACUGUAAGGGCGUGUGAGUGCUUGUGUAGAAAAUUAAGUGUUUCGUGAUAUUUCAAGCGCUAAUGGACAACAAAAUUGGUAUUAAUAUAAGUUGAAAUGUGAAGAAGAACAGAAGGAAACACGCCAAACUGUGCCUUAAUUAGUUAUAAACAAGUGCCUAGAAGAUAUAGAAGCGAGGAGUGCAUACGAACGACAAUUUACGAAAAACGAAUAAUUUUUUGGGAUCGAGCGGCCGUCCACAGGAAGCAUCGUCGGGCCCGUGACGCCUGCGCGAGCGCAUCGAACACGCGCUACAGGACAGCUGGAGACGGCUGACAGCUCCGAGAUCAGGUUCAUUUCAAAGUCGGCCCCGACACCGAUCCUUCAGCCACGAGAGACGAAGACCCAACCAAGAGCAUAGGAGAAGCAGCGCCCACUCCUUAGACCUUGAGCAACAGACAGCUACUAUACAUAGAGCGCGUUCCCUAUCCAAGAUGGCGACGCUGUCCCUCAAGAUAUCACUCGAGGGUGGUAAAGUGGUGAAGACCAUCCAGUUUGACCCAUCGACCAGCGUGUACGACGCGUGCCGCAUCAUACGGGAGAAGAUUCUGGAAGCCAAUGCCAAUGAUCCUAAAGAGUACGGACUGUUCCUCGCGUCAGAGGAGGACAACAAGAAGGGCAUCUGGUUGGAGGCGUCACGCAGUCUGGACUAUUACAUGCUGAGGAAUGGAGAUUUGCUGGAGUACAACAAAAAGACCAGGAAUCUGAGAGUUAGGAUGUUGGAUGGCACCGUCAAGACCCUGCUCGUCGACGACAGUCAGAUAGUUGCCAACUUGAUGGUGGUCAUCUGUACCAAGAUCGGCAUCACGAACUACGACGAGUAUGGACUGGUCCGCGAAGAACAGAAAGAGGAGGCGGAUCCCUGCGAGAAACCCAAUUACGGAACAUUAACAUUGAAGAGGAGGCAUCAGGAGAAGGAGCGAGAUGCGAAGAUGGAGCAGCUCAGGAAGAAACUAAGGACUGAUGAUGAAGUGAACUGGGUGGAGGGGUCGAAGACGCUGCGCGAGCAGGGCGUGGAGGGCUCGGAGACGCUGCUGCUGCGGCGCCGGCUGUUCUUCUCGGACCGGAACGUGGACUCGCGCGACCCCGUGCAGCUCACGCUGCUCUACGUGCAGGCGCGGGACGCCAUCCUGGCCGGCACGCACCCCAUCACGCAGGACAAGGCGUGCGAGUUCGCUGGGAUACAGUGUCAGAUACAGUUCGGAGAUCACAAGGAAGACAAACACACAACUGGAUUCUUAGAUUUAAAAGAAUUCCUGCCGGCGUCGUACGUGAAGGUGAAGGGUAUAGAGAAGAAGGUGUUCAAGGAGCACCGCAAGCACGCCGGCCUCAGCGAGCUGGACGCCAAGGUGCUCUACACCAAGAGCGCCAGGGACCUUAAAACCUACGGCGUCGCCUUCUUCCUCGUGAAGGAAAAGAUGAAAGGCAAGAACAAAUUGGUGCCGCGACUGCUCGGUGUGACGAAGGACUCCGUGCUACGACUGGACGAGAAAACCAAGGAGGUGCUGCAGACAUGGCCCCUCACCACCGUGCGGCGCUGGUGUGCCAGCCCCAACACCUUCACGCUGGACUUCGGAGACUACAGCGACCAGUACUACAGCGUGCAGACGACGGAGGCGGAGCAGAUCCUGCAGGUGAUCGCGGGCUACAUCGACAUCAUCGUGCGGCGCCGGCGCGCGCGCGACCACCUCGGCAUCGAGGGCGACGAGGGCUCCGCCAUGCUCGAGGACUCCGUGUCGCCCUCCAAGGCGAACAUCAUCCAACACGACACGUUCAAGUCGGGCAAGGUGAACACGGAGUCCGUCGCCAAGCCCGCCGUGCUGCGUCCCGGCGCCGAAGGUGCUAAAUCGUUCGCGGUCGGGCACCUGACGGGCGCGCAGCAGACCACGGUGUCCGGUCAGGUCAUUACGGGACACGCGCCGCCCUCCGCGACACAAAUCCAGCAAACGAAAGUCACAUCGAUCUUGACUGAGCCCCAGCGGGCGCUGCUGUCCACCAUCACCAGCGGCAAGGAGAUCAUCAAGCAGACUGAGGAGGGACUCACCAAGGCGUCGCUGCCGGCGCUGGGGCAGGACGCCGGCUCGGUGCGCUGGAAGCGCGUGAAGCUGGACAACAGCAAGCAGGUCGUCACCUCGCACAUCGCCGCCAUGAACGCCGCCACCGCGCAGGUCGUCACGCUCACCGCCGGUCCCACGGAAGAAGUAGACCACACCGCAGUGGGAGCGGCCAUCACCACCAUCACUACGAACCUGCCGGAGAUGACCAAGGGCGUGCAGAUGAUCGCGGCGCUGCUGGAGGACGCGCCGGACGGCGAGCGCCUGCUGGACGCCACGCGCGCGCUGUGCUGCGCCUUCUCCGACCUGCUGCGCGCCGCGGAGCCCAGCGCCAGGGAGCCGCGCCAGAGCUUGCUGAACGCGGCGUCCCGCGUGGGCGAGGCGUCCACCAGCGUGCUGCACACCAUCGGGGAGGAAACCGAGGAGGACAAGGAGACGCAGGAUAUCCUGCUAUCCUUGGCGAAGGCGGUCGCCAACACGACCGCUGCGUUGGUCCUGAAGGCGAAGAACGUGGCGGCGCAGUGUAAGGACGAGCAGCCGCUGCAGAACACCAUCAUCGCCGCCGCCACGCACUGCGCGCUCGCCACCAGCCAGCUCGUCGCCUGCGCCAAGGUUGUAGCGCCGACUCUUCACAACCCGGCCUGCAGAGAACAGCUCACCAGCGCGGCUCGUCAAGUGGCUCAGGCGGUGGAGAAACUGGUAACGGCAUGCCAACAGGCCCCAGAGUCCGCGGGUCCUGGAGUGGAGCAGCUAACGGUCGCUGCACAAAGAGUAUCCGAGGAGUUGGAGAGGUUACUGGCACACUGUGACCUAGACCGGCGCGCGCAGGCGUCGGUGCUGGAGCAGGCCGUGGAGAGCGUGGUGAGCGCCAGCGAGCGCGUGGCGGACGCGGCCGACGCCGGCGAGAUGGUGCGGCGCGCGCGCCUGCUGGGCCACGCCACCGCGCGCCUCAUCGCCGACAUCAAGACGCAGGCCGAGAGGCAGCCCUCGGACUCCCAGUGCAAGCUGCUGGCCGCGGCCAAGCUGCUCGCCGACGCCACCACCCGCAUGGUGGAGGCGGCCCGCCUCUGCGCCUCCUCGCCCCAGGAUCGCGAGAAGCAGGAGGCGCUCCGUCUCGCCGCCAAGGAGCUGCGUUUCAUAACCGUCGACUACGCACAGGGGCAGGACAUCGUCAGCUCGCAGCUCGUCCGACUCACUGAGAGCGCCCGGCAAGCGACGUCGAGCGCCACGCAGCUGAUCACGUCGGCGCAGAACGCGACGCAGUACAACUCCAACAAGUACUCGCAGGAGAGCCUGCUGUCGGAGUGCGGCGCGCUGGGCGAGCUGGUCCCGCGCGUGACGCAGGCCGCGCGCAGCGCCGCCGCGCGGCCCGCCGAGCCCGCCGCGCAGCUCGACCUCAUCACCGCCGCCGAGAGCUUCCUGCAGCCGAGCGGUCACGUGAUCCAGGCGGCCCGUGGAGUUUUACCUACGAUCAGUGACGCCCCGACCGCUAAACAGCUGGCCGACACCACCCACCAAUUCACUACCAGCUGUGCUGACCUUAGGUCGGCCGUGAGUCGGGCUCGCGUGUCGUGCAAGGGGCUGGAGCUGGACGCGGCGGCGGAGAUCAUCCGCAGCCUGCAGGCCGAGCUCGACGAGCUGGAGGAGGCGGCGCGCGCGCUGGAGCUGCGCCCGCUGCCCGGCCAGACGGCGGAGUGGGCGUCCAGCGGGCUGCAGAGCGCGGGGCGCAGCGCGGCGUCGGCGUCGGCGGCGCUGGCGGGCAGCGCGCGGCGCGGCGAGGGCGCGGCCUGCGCGCGCGCCGCCGCCGACCUGGCCGGCGCGCUGCGGGCCUUCGCGCCGCCGCUGCGCGCCGCGCUGGCCGCCGCGCCGCCGCCCGCGCGCCCCGCGGUGCUCGCCUCGGCCCGCCACGUGCUGCACUCCUCGCUCACGCUCGUCGAGACCGUCAAGCACCAGCUGGCGAGCUCCGAGGAGGUCGACACUUCGAGAAUCAUGGCGAUGGCGAAGGACGUGUCUCAGGGCAUAGAACAGACGAUUGAGGCAGUGCCGUCUCACGCGGAGCUGGACGCCGCCAUGGAGAGCAUCAACCAGACCCUGGACAUACUCGACAUGGGAGAGUUCCCGCUGACAGACAAGAGCUACGGCACGCUGCAGAGCGAGCUGAACGGAGCGGCGGCGGGGCUGAGCGGCGCGGCUGCAGAUGUGGCUUCAGCCGCAGAAGGGGGGGACCUGGCGCCCGCCGCAGAGACCUUCCAGCACGCCUUCGACCGCCUAGCCGCCGUCUGUCUCGACAUGGCCGGCCAGACUGAGGAAACAGAGAGUCGUACGCAGAUGGUCAGUUCGCUAAAGACGGUCACCAUCAACUCGUCCAAACUCCUCGGCACCGCCAAAUCAGUCAGUCAGGAUUUGACACGACCGAAUGCGAAGAACCAGCUGACGGACGCGGCUCGCGCAGUCACCGAAAGCAUCAAUCACCUUGUGGACGUGUGCACGGAGGCGGCGCCGGGGCAGAAGGAGUGCGCCGCCGCCAUCCGCAGCAUGGAGAGCUGUCGCCCGCUGCUCACUGCGCCCUCGCAGCCGCUCAGCGAGCUCGGGUACUUCGCCUGCCUCGACGCCGUCGUCGACCAGAGCAAACUGCUGAGCGAGGGCAUGUCGGGCAUGGCGAGCGCCGUGAAGAAGGAGGAGGCCGAGCCGUUCGCGCGCAGCGUGGCCGGCGUGGCGUCCGCCGUGCACGGGCUGGUGGAGUGCAUCGCGCAGGCCGCCUACCUGGUGGCGGCGUCCGACGAGACGUCGACGGCGGGCCGCGCCGGGCUGGUGGACCGCGCGCAGUUCGCGCGCGCCGCGCUGGCCAUCGAGCAGGCCUGCGCCACGCUGGCCGAGCGCUCGGCCGAGCAGCCGCGCGUCAUGGCGGCGGCCACGGCCGUGGCGCACCACACCAGCGCGCUGUGCAACGCGUGCCGCGCCGCGUCGGCCCGCUGCGCCGAGCCGCGCGGGCGGCGCCACUUCGUGCAGGUGGCCAAGGACGUGGCCGAGUGCACGGCGGCGCUCGUCAAGGACAUCAAGGCGCUGGACGCCGACUGGAGCGCCGCCAACCGCGCGCGCUGCGCCGCCGCCACGGGCCCGCUGCAGGACGCCGUGCGCAGCCUGCGCCAGUUCGCCGACAGCCCCGAGUUCGCCGCCGUGCCCGCGCGCAUCUCGCAGUCCGCGCGCGAGCGCCAGCAGCCGGUGCUGGCCUGCGGACGCGACAUCAUUACGUACUCGUGCGCGAUGGUGGAGGCGGCGCGGGCGCUGGCGCUGGCCCCGACGGAGCGCACGCAGUGGCACGCGCUGGCGGCGCACAGCAAGUCCGUCUCCGACACCGUCAAGAACCUCGUCGCCGGCAUACGGGAGAUGGCCCCGGGUCAGCGAGAGUGCGCGACCGCACUGGACACGCUCAAUAAGCAGCUCCGCGAGUUGGACCAGGUGGCCUUGCAGGCUGUGGGGCUUGAGCUUCAGCCGAGACAUGCUAACACGCUGCAAGGUUACUCCGAGCAGAUAGAGAACAGCGCCGCGGAGAUGCUGGACAGACUGGAACCGCUCCUCGUGGCGGCUCGCAGCGAGGCGGAAAACCUGGGACACGCGGUCGGGCAGCUGGUGACGUACGCCGAGCCACUGGUGAGCGGCACGGCGGGCGCGGCCUCGCACACGACCGACUCGGCCGCGCAGGCGGCGCUGCUGCAGCACGCGCGCACCGUGCUGGAGACGCUGGCGCUGCUCGUGCACGCCGCCAAGCAGUCCGCCGGGAACCCCAGGGCGACGGCGGCGCACGGCGAGCUGGACGCGCAGGGCGGGCUGGCGCGCGCGGCGCUGGGCGAGCUGGCGGCGCACGUGCGCGAGCUGAGCACGCAGCGCGGCGCCGUGGGGCCGCUGCUGGACGCCGUCGCGCGGGCCGUGGCGCGCCUCACCGAGCACCGGAUGUCACUGAUUGGUAGCUACGACGAGACGGACUCGUUUGUGGACUACCAGACGAGGAUGGUCGGUGCCGCGAAGGACAUUGCAAGAUUGGCCACAGAUAUGACGGCAAAAUCGGCCACGGAACCUUCCAAGCUGGUGGAAGUCGGCAACGAAAUGUGUGGGAAGUAUGAGAAGCUAGCGGCCGACAGCGUGGGCGCCUCUGCCACCACUCCCAAUGCGGAUAUCGCCAACAGGAUCCGCGUGUCGGCGGUGGAGCUGGGCGAGGCGGUGUCGGAGCUGGUGCGCGCGGGCGGGCGCUGCCGCCUGUCGGCCGCGCCGCCGCAGAGGCGCGCCGUGGCCGACGCCGCGCGGGCCGUCAACGAGAAGGCGGUGGCCGUGCUGAGCGCGCUGCAGGCGGGCUCGCGGGGCACGCAGGCCUGUAUCGACGCCGCCGCCACCAUUGCCACUAUCCUCGGAGACCUCGACACCACCAUACUCUUCGCGAGUGCAGGCACACUUCAGUCGGACAAGGAGGGCGACACGUUCUCCAACCAUCGGGAAAACAUCCUCAAAACUGCCAAGACCCUGGUCGAGGACACCAAGACCUUGGUCGGGGGUGCGGCAGGUAGCCAGGAGCAGCUGGCCGCUGCAGCACAGAGUGCAGUCAGCACUAUCGUGCAACUGUGCGAGGUGGUGAAGCAGGGCGCCACGUCGCUGAGCGACGGCGGCGCGGAGCCGCAGGUGCUGGUGCUGCACGCCGCGCGGGACGCCGCCGCCGCGCUGCGCGACCUGGCCGCCGCCACCGCCGCCGCCAGCGGCAAGCACGUCGCGCACCCCGACAUGCAGCGCCUCAAGCACGCCGCCAAGCGUUUGUCGGAUCCGAAGCGGUGGAGCCUCCCGAUCAAAACUAACACUAUACCUAGAAGCAGGAGACGCUCUAUAAAUAUAAGAGAUUACAAUUCGUGCGAUUCGGAGACGGAUAUAUUCCAGUCUGAUCAGGAGGACGAGCUUAUAAAACUUCUAGACUAUUCUAGUCACGACGAUGAUGUCUCGCCGACGAUAUUUCACGACAGUUGUGAGGAAAUGAUCUCGUAUAUAGAGAGUAAAAUGUUAAAACCGUCGCCGAGACUCAGCAACGACGAUGUCAAUAUGAGAUAUAACCUGACAUCCAGGAAUAGUCUAUUCGAUAUGGAGUGGCGCGUACUGAAAUACGGGGAGAGUAUAUUUUUGGGGGAGCUCCGGAAAUUGGUCGAUCUGUGUGUUGAUUCCUUCGAUAAAGCCGAUAAUAGAAAGAGAAGGAACGCCCAGGAUGGUAGUAAAACUAGCUCAGAUCUAGAUAUCGAGAUGAAAAGGUUGUCGCAAGUUAUGGACGAUUUGGAUUGGCAGGACGUUGUAAAUGAGAACGUUAGUACGACAGUGACGACGACUGUACACAGUGUGACCAAAAGACCUAAAUUUGAGAAGCCUAAACUCAAAAGUCCAGUGUUCAAAGUAAAAAAGGUCAAACCGAUUAACUUAACCGUCAAUGUGGAGCUCACGGCAGAACCGAAAUCAGCUCAAAAUAAUAUCAAAGAUCAAAAAGACGAUAUUGAAGUAAAUAAAGUUGAAAUUCAUAAAGAUAAUAAAAAACAUUUUUGGAACAUGUUCAAAGAUGAUACAGAAUGGUGGAAAGCUCUGGCGAAACGUAAUUUAGAUAAAAUGGAGGAAACGAGACGUGAAUUGGAACGUUUUAGUGGACACGAGCUGGUUCUGGGCGAGAUAAAGACAGAAAUAGAUAAAUAUGAAAGGGAGAAAGAGACAUUGCAAAACUUUAUCGAAGAAGUCGACAAAUCCAAAGCAGUUAAUAAAGAUUUAGAAUACGACCAAAAGUAUGAAGAUAUGGUCCUGAAAUUAAUAGAAUUCGCUAAGAAAGAUUUCAUUUAUAAAGGAUUCGAUCCGCUCAUUGAGAAAUUGAAACUUUUAUCCAAUAUACACGUUGAAGGACGAAAGAGAAAGCUCGUCAAUAUUGAGGAAAUACUCAACGUUUAUACAAAGAUUGAUAUAUCAAAAUACACAUACGAAGAACUGUGCUUAUUGGAGAAAUAUUACAAAGAAAUUAUCAGGAAAUACAAAAGCGAAACGCGUCGAAAAGAAAAUAUAAUUCCCAUUGUACACGUAAGUAGAGAAAAGGUCACACCAUCAGCUUCCCCAAACUUUGCCAAAGAACAUUUCAAUCGCAACUUACUGACAACUAUAAACGAUUACAGUACACGAACGAUCUCAAAGAAUACGUUAGAAAGAGAUAACAAAAAUAAUUUGGAAAUAUUCGAUCUCACGCGAACUUACCCGAGCGAGUAUUACGCAAACAACUGGUGGAAAAUUUACGAAGACGUUCUCAAAAAUCGGGAACAGCAAUUCGGCAGCAUAGAUAACUGGUGGAGCUUCUAUGAAACGAUAUUAAACAGAAGUGAUACGAGUGAUGACGAAUUGAGACGAAUUCGCGCGAUCGUCGAAAGUAGACUAAGGAAAAGACCGAAUAGUCGAAUGGAGGAGCAGCUAAGGAUGUUAGACGAAGUGAAGAACGCGCGGUUCCACGAGAGCGAGGACGUGGCGACCAGCGGAAACGAAUCGGUGAUGGUGACCAACGUGACGUCACUGCUGAAAACUGUAAAGGCGGUAGAAGACGAACACACACGCGGCACCCGAGCCCUCGAGUCCACUAUCGAGGCUAUAUCUCAGGAAAUCGAGGUGCUGAUGUCGCCGGCGGCGCCCAAGAGCACGGCGUCCGUGGAGGAGCUGAUGCGCUGCACGCGGCUGAUGACGGCCGCCACCGCGCGCGCCGUGGCCGCGUCGGGCCAGGACCAGCUCGUGGCCGCCGCCAACCUGGGCCGCCGCACCGUGCUCGACAUGCUGGCCGCCGCCAAGGGGGCGGCGCACGGCGCGGAGACGGGCGAGCUGCGCGCGCGCACGCUGGCGGCCACGCGGGCGGCGGCCGAGGCCUACCGCGCGCUGCUGGCGGCGCUGCUGGCGCCCGGCGCGCGCGCGCAGCUGCCCGAGCUGAGCCGCCGCGUGGCGCGCGCCGUGGCGGACAUGCUGGCGGCCGCCGACCUGCUCAAGGGCGCCGAGUGGGUGGACCCGGCCGACCCCACGGUCAUCGCGGAGCAGGAGCUGCUGGGCGCCGCGGCCUCCAUCGACGCGGCGGCUCGCAAGCUGGACGCGCUCCGCCCGCGGGUCACUCCCAAAACGCAGGAGACGGACGAAAACCUGAACUUCGACGAGAUGAUCCUGGAAGCGGCCAAGUCUAUUAUUGCUGCGACCUCCGCGCUCGUGAGAGCCGCCUCUGCCGCUCAGAGGGAACUCAUUGAUCAGGGCAAGGUGGCUCGCCGGCCGGCGUCGUCGUCGGACGACGGUCAGUGGUCGGAGGGGCUGGUGUCGGCGGCGCGACUGGUGGCGGCCGCGGCGCACGCGCUGGUGGAGGCCGCCAACGCGCUCGUGCAGGGAGCCGCCUCCGAGGAGAGACUCAUCUCCAGCGCCAGACAGGUCGCCUCCUCCACGGCGCAACUGCUGGUCGCCUGCAAGGUGAAGGCGGACCCCACGUCGGAGUCCACGCGGCGCCUGCAGGCGGCGGGCGCGGAGGUGAUCCGCUCCACCGACAACCUGGUGCGCGCGGCUCGCGACGCCAUCACCUGCGACGACGAGCGCAGCCUCGUGCUCAACCGCCGCAUGGUGGGCGGCAUCGCGCAGGAGAUCGACGCGCGCUCCGAGGUGCUGCGCAUCGAGCGGGAGCUGGAGGAGGCGCGCGGGAGGCUCACCGCCAUCCGCCAGGCCAAGUACAAGCUGCGCGACACCUCGGGCGACGACACCGACACCGACCACCCGGGGUACUCCAGCGACGCCUCGCCCGGGCCCGCCCACAGAUUCAAGACCCCGAACAGCAGCUUCGCGAACACGACGUACAGUCCCAACAGCACUUACACGUCGCAGCACACCACGCAGAACGUCACCAACAGCAGCCAGCACGUGACCAACCUCAGCCAGCACGUGACCAACCUUAGCCAGUCCGUGCACGGCGCGCCCACGUCGCCCACGACGCCCACGCAGCGCGCCCACCCUCAGACCACGAACGGCUACCAGCGCGACGACAAGCCGCGCAGCCCGUCCUUCACCAGCUUUAGGCCCCAGGAGGAGACCCCGAAGCAGAACUACGAGGGGUUCACGACACGAGAAAAAACAACAAAUGACAGAACGAUGGGAUCUAAGACGAGCAUGACCGAGGAGACGGUUGUCGUCAAGUCGUUGCAACUGCCGGAGGUUCGUACGGCCUAUUUGAUAGAGGAGGGCGAGACGGCCGAGAAGAUAUUCUACCGUCGCGAGAGACCACCGCCGCCACCACCGAGGCGCGUCUCGCUACUAAACUACGAGACGAGACUGUACGACACGCCGCGACCCAUCAACGAGUAUUACGCGAAGACGGACGAACAACGACACUUUGAAUCCACAAACCAAUAUUAUAAGGAACAGAAGUUCGGCUACGACGCCCCGAAGGCGCCGAUGAGCCCCAAGUUCAAUGCACGCGAUCUUAAAUUCGACGAUAAACCCGAACCCAUUUAUUCUACACUCAAAAAACCGACUUCCACAUUCGAUGGUGUCGGGCAGACAUUCUCUGAACACCAGAAGUCCACCGAGGCGAUACCCGGUGGCACCAAGCAGUCGGAAUUCACCGUGAAGAGCGAAUCGUAUCAAAGUAACCCAAAGACGGAAUUCUUCAAAACGGAAACGCGACAAGAGGUCAAGUCCCCGUUCGCGACUUCGACUCCAUCGAAAUUCGACAAGACGGACUACACUGACUUCUCCAAAAAUAUGGAUAUCGUGAAAGCUCCCACGCCGGAGUACGAAAGAAUAUCGUCCCCCUAUGGCAAAGACGUCCAUAGCUAUGGUGGACCGAAUUUCUUCGAGGAGACGACAACGGAAGUCAAGGAGAUACCGAACGGUACCCAAAAGAUUACAAUGACGAAGAUAUACAGCUCCUCGCCGGUCAACUUGACGACCACCAACACGAAGUAUGAACCGAUAAAACUCGAAGGGAUCGACGAAUUGUCGAAAUUCGAUAACGAUUCGAGAUACAGCACGCUCGACUCUCGCUUCAAUACGUUGGAGUCGAAGAUGAGCUCAGACACGAGUCGCUCCUUCAUGAGACCCUCGGAGUUUCAGUCGUCCGACUACCAGGCGACCACCAGCACCACUGCGAAGAAACCCUCCGAUUUGGUAAAAGAGAUCGAUAGCUUGGACAAGAAAUUCUCCAAGCAGACGAUCACGUCCGAAACCAUCGAGAGGAAGUCGGUGAUGACCAGCUCGCACAAAUCGGAGACCAGUUCGACGGUCACCAAGAAAUUUGGGAACUUUUAAAGAAAUGUAGUGACGUCAUCGACGAGUCUCGUGAGCGUCUCGACAGAUUAUAAAUAAUAUUAAGAUAACAAACGGUGCCUUAACGCAGCUUAUUUAUUUGAAAAUAAUAAUUUUAAGUAUAGCGAUGCCCGCGUAAGCGAUACGUCCACUGAAGGUAUGGAAACACCAAUUAUGGUAGAUUUAAAAACAUUAUAUUGUAUAUAUAUAUUCACAUGUUUGUUAGUGCAACAAACUAACAUAAUACUUUAAAGAAAAAAAUAUUUUUAAUCUGUAUUUAAAACAAAAUGUCAGUUGAUACAAAAUAUAUAAACGUAGUAUGUAAUUGGUAGGUAAAAACGAGCCCUUUUCAUACGAAAUAUAUAAAUAGCAUUUAAUCAUAUAUAUUUUCCAGUAAUGGCAAUACUGUAUAAUAUAUUUUCUAUUUAAAGGGCUAACUAUAUUAACUUCGUUUAAAUUAUUGUUAAGAAAUACUAUUUCAAAUGAUAAUGGAUUGACUUGUAAUAGUAACAUGUUUAUUCUCUGUAGCUAACGUUAUUAUAACUAGGAGUAACGAGUACUUUUAUAUCUGUAUUCUAUUUUGUAUCUGUGUAAAAUUGUAAUAUUCAAUUCUGAAUUACGUUUAAUAAAAUAUUAUAAUUAAUUAAUAUACUGUUGAAAUUUUAUUUUAAAACUUUAUUAUUAUUAUUUUUUAAAUAUUAUAUAAUCUGUGUAAGUUGUCAAUUUUUUUUUACAUAGAAAGACGUAAUUUCGAAUUGAAAUAUAACUAAAUAUAUUUUGUAAGUUUAUAGUUCGGUAUAAUAUAAUCUCAGUAUAAUAAACCAAAUAAAUCUUGUACUAAUUUUCAAUAUUUCCUUAGUAAUAAUUUAAUCGGUUUGAUUUUUGUACUAACGGAUUAUUAUUUGUUAAUAUUAUUUAGAGAUUUUAUCCGAUCGAGCUCCGCCGGUAGUGCCACUUGUAGUUGGGCCAUUGUAUGACUUGCAUCGCGUAAUAAAUAUUUACUAAUUAUAA